UUUCAUCCUUUUACCUCAGAUCACCACUGCUGUAGUUAGAAAGGUGUGGAGACUGACCUUUGAUGCUGCUGUAUUGUGGUUUGAAAUCUGUUUGACUGUAUGUGUAAUGUCCUACUGCGCAAGCGAAAAUGGGUAAUGAUCUGUCCAAAGCAGUAGAGAAACCUGAAAUCAUGCAAACUGACUCAGCGAAAGCUAAGUCAAAGACAAAACAUCUUUCUGUAGAAGAUCAAAGAACUAACGUGAAGUUAGAUGGUCAACCUGUCAUUGAUACGCAGCAUGCCAGAGCAGGCACACACACAUACACAUCUGACCAGAUAUCACAAUUCAAAGCAAUGUUUUCGCCGCAUGUGCCAGCUGGACUCAUCGGUAGACUGAAAGGAUGGGAUUUCGUGUUUCCGUUCACUUCUCUUAUGUGUGAAUGGACGAGUGGCAUGUGGCCGUAUGAGGGAGCAUUCGAGAGAGAGAAGCUGCAAAUGGCUGAGAUGAAUGUUAACUCUAGUGUUGGAAAUCCAUCCUGGGAUUUCAGAUACAUGAAUGAGUGUAUGCAAGUGUGGUUGACUGUGGCCCGUGAAAGAUGUGGUGUGAGAGUGCGUGACAAAAGCUGCGAGAUUGGACCGGAUGAUUUAAGAAAGAUGAUUGAUCUGACUGCUAAGUGUGUUACUGCCUCUCAUAUGCCUGUACUAGAAGCUAAGUUGCAAACUAGAGCUUUAGAAAUGGCUAAGAUAAAGCAGCAACAUGUUGAUAAUUUGGAAAAUUGUGCAAAAGCUAUGAUGUAUGGCUGGGCAAAGCGCCAAGCCAAAAUUCCCGCUCCUCGUGAUUUGUUGAAUAUUUUAGCCGAGGUCGGAAUAACACUGCCGGAACAACAAAACAAUGAAAAAGCGAUCUCCGUCUUUCCGCAACUUUCAAAUACAAGGCCCUCUUGCAAUGCUGAGAUAGAUGAACAACCAAGCACAUCACAAACUAAAGCAGAUGACGAGUUUAUCCUAAUAGCAGCUGCAGUAGAAGAAGAAAGGGUCAGAAAGGCCACUGAACAAAGGAACAGACAGAGACAGGCCGCUGAAGAGAGGGCAAGGCAGGCUCAGGCAGCCGAAAAUAGGGCGAGAAAGCAACAGGAAGAGAUGGAGAGACAGCUCAGAGAAAAAGAGAGAAUCAGGCAAGAAAAGAGAGAUAAAGAUGAGAGGGACAGAGAGACGGCAGACUUAGAAAAACUAGUCAAGGUCAGACAGAGACAGGAGAAGGAAGAGAGCAGACAGUCGAGUGAAUCAGACUCGGAAGGAGAACGAGCCAGGCCCAGAGAGGAGGAGCCUAACACAGACCUUAGUGACGAGGAGGUCCAGGCUGUGAAACCAAAAACAAAGCAGGCUGUUUCUGAAACACACACGAGACGAAGGAGAGGCACAAUGAGAGGAUAUCUGACUAGGAGUAGCAGAGUUACAGAAACCCACAGAAAAAUAACAUCAGAGACCCCUAUCUCAGAAGAAUCACAAGCUUCUCCAAUAAAUGCUCCUAAAAUAAUGAUUGGCAGCACAGCAGUCUGUAAACCAUGGACUCCUUCUGAAAUCAUAGAUAUGACAAGCAGAGCUCCCAAUCCAAUUACAAGCCCAGAUGAAUAUUGGAUUUGGCUAGAACAAGUAUGUACGGUUUAUAGCUGUCUGAUACCUGAUGUUCAACAAUUGGUCCGAUUUACAUACAAAACCGAAUGGAUCAUGUGUAAAGAUGAGUUUGUUUUCCCUGAAGCUGUUGAGGGUGGCCAGUGGCCCCCAACCAAAACCUUGACUGAUUGGUUAAAUGUGGAAGCAAAAAAUGCAAUAACCAAAUGUGCACGAAAGCGUGCUGACUUUUCAAAGGUAAUUCACUGCGUUCAAGAAGCAAACAUGGGAUAUCAAUGCUGGAAUAAAGCGAGAUGAACAUGAAUGUCUCAUGGUGCAAAUUUUUGUGCAAAAUC